AUGCAUCUUGGUUCGCUGGCCAUGAUACUCGAGGGCUUCGGUCUCACGAACCCUCCGGUAGUCAAAAGACUAGAAGGCGUAGAGAGAUUUGCAUACGAGGACCGCCAUGGCUGCCGCAUGCAAGUCUGCGCACCUGGGGGCUACAGCUUUGGGUAUCUCAAUAGUUGGUGCCCUGACGUUGACAACACCACGCCCACCAUUAUUGCUUUCCUCAAACAUGUAUCCUACCUGAAUUGCCACUCUAUCACUCACGCUAUAAUCUGGAUCCUGGGCGUGCAAAACAGAGGCGGCCGAUGGGGGGCGGUCGAUAUUGACAACAACGCACUCUCCUUGAACAAGAUCCGUUGA